UUCCUGAGGAAAUAGUCUCACUCCAUAUCCUAAUCUGAAAUAUUCUCACUAAACCUUCCAACACAGCCCAACGCCAUAAAUAACGAGAAUAUCGUCCAAGUGGUGGACUUCGGGGUCGUGAUUUCCACGCAGAACGCAGCCGACCAAAACCUCGUAAGUUGUUCUCCCCCUACUUUCUCGGAGCUCGUGAUUCAGAUUUCCAUGACAAAUGCUUGUUGCUUGAUGCAAAUGCCAUCUCCAGCAUUCCAUUCCGUCCACUCGCCCCUCUCGAUUUCUUCUCCUCCCAAGGAUCGCUGCUCGCCGACGUUCUCCCUAAACCAAUAUCCGAUCACCUCACUAAGCAAGCCCAAGUUCGCGGCGACGCUCAGGAUGUCUCAGUCCACUCGCAGCUCAGUUGUUGAGCAGCAGAGAGUCUUGAUAACGAACAAGCAUGGGGAGAAACUGGUGGGUUUGUUGCAUGAGACCGGAUCUUCGGUGAUUGUGAUCCUCUGCCACGGCUUUCGGUCUAACAAGGAAUAUAAAACGAUUGUGAAUCUUGCUGUUGCUUUAGAGAAGGAGGGUAUUAGUGCUUUCCGCUUUGACUUUGCUGGAAAUGGAGAGAGUGAAGGUACGUUUGAAUAUGGUACCUACUGGAGAGAAGCUGAUGAUCUUCGUGCUGUUAUUGAGCACUUCAACGGAGCUAAUCGAGUGACCAGUGCAAUUGUGGGGCAUAGCAAAGGAGGCGGUGUGGUUCUUCUUUAUGCUUCUAAGUAUAAUGAUAUACAUACUGUUGUCAAUAUGUCUAGCCGUUAUGAUGUGAAGGGGUUGAUGGGGGAAAUUGAAGAUCGCUUGGGCAAAGAUUUCAUGCAAAAAAUUAAAGAGGAUGGAUUCUUUGAUGUUAAGAAUAAAUCAGGAACUAUUAGUUAUCGUGUGCCAUGGGAAAUUCUGAUGGAUCGCUUAAAUACCAAUAUGCACGAAGCAUGUCUUCAGAUUGACAAAAAUUGCAGGGUUUUGACGGUUCAUGGAUCUGCUGAUGACCUUGUCCCAGUACCAGAUGCCCUAGAGUUCGCGAAAAUCAUACCCAACCACAAGCUGCGGAUUGUAGAAGGUGCAGACCAUGGUUAUACCUCACAUCAGGCAGAGUUGACCUAUAUCGUAUCGAGUUUCAUAAAGCAAGCAUUGGAGGAGGACAGAGAGAAAUCCAGCCAGUAGUGCGGUACCCUUGUGUCUGAUCAUCGGAGAGGAUAUUUGCACGCAUUACGAAUGACGUAGCAAACUUCCAACUUGUUCCUGGUUAUCAACUUAGAUGUGUAGGUAUCGGCAAAAGGGUUUGGGAUGCAACCGAAGAUGGUCAAAAUAUGAGCGCACUAUUGGAAAUUAAGAUUCCUUACUUUGUAGUAUUGCAUUUUCAAAUGACAAUCAUGGUGCGAAAAUUAGUUGUACUAUGGAUUGUCCAUUCUUAUAAGUGUGAUUCGUCUCUACUUCUGAUAAGUUGAGACUACUAAAGAUUGUCCUAGCAAUGCUACGCGAGUGGUUUCUUUUUCCACGUUUUAUAGUCUAAUCCACAUCGUAUCUUAGUCAGCUUUUGCA